AUGGCUUCUCAGGAAUUUACUGUAUUAUACACUCACCAAAAAAUGAAAAAAUCAAAAACAUGGCAAGAUGGAAUUCUGAGGAUUAGAACCGGCAGAAAUAAGGCUAUCUUGUUUGAUGAUAAAGGACAAUGUUUGGAGAGCAUUUUUGUAAAAUCUCAGGUGAAUGCUGGUGAUAAUUUAGAAAGUGAACGAUAUUUGAUCACCGUUGAAGCAAUAAAAGUGAAUGAAAAGGCUUUUGAAGAUCAGCCAGGGAAACCAGAAACUCUAGCAGUGGAUAGAAAUGGUGUAAAGCCUGGUGUUCUGCCUCUAAGACAUCUGUCUGUUGGCUUGAAAAGGAAGUUUACAGGUUUCCAAGGGCCACGUCAAGUUGAGAAGAAAAUACCAACAUUGGAAGAUGGAGAAAAAACAACAAUACUGCCUUUAUCUGAGCAGCGUCAGAGUACUUUUCCAUCCAAGUUUUAUGUUACCUCUCCCUUAUUUUCUACGAUUUGCAAGAAGGAUACAGAAACAAAUCUUUCUGCAGACCUUCAUGAGGACACGUGCAUGGAUAAUGAUAGAGAUCACAUGUCUCUCUCUUCACUGCUUUCAGCUCCGUUUCUUGACAGAUGUGAGGAGACAGAGGAGCAAAACUCUGAUCAGUCCAUCAUGAAGCCAGAAUCUUCUCUCAUUACUGGGCACACCAAAUCUAGUAGUCUGACAGCCGGUCACAGGGCAGUGUCUCAGAACAUCAGGAGCACGGCACAGAUAUUAGCCCUUUUGAAGUCUAAACCAACACAAGUAUGCAGAGAGCAAACAAAAUCUGAAGUCACCGAAUGUGUCUCUAGGUUUCAGGCAUCAGAAAGCGCAGAUCGAUUGUAUAACCAAGAGAGCACAAUCCUACCUGCUUUUUCAGACAAUCCUGCCAAAAGACUCAUUCAAAGAAGUAUGCAACUGCCUUUUAAAAAGGGAACUGUAAAUGAUGAGAAGGAAUGGAAUGCUGAAAUGCUACAUUCAGCUGAACAACCUUCUGAUAAAGAAGUCACGGGACAGAGACACGACAAAAUGGCAAAUAAUUUAAGUCCAGAUUUACAACAUCCCUGCAAUACAAAUAGUUGCUUCCUACCUGAAUCCACUGUAAGUAGUAUGAGUGACAGUCCAUUUGUCCCAUCAUCAGGUGACAUUUUGUGUUCAGCAAGUCCAAUCACCUUUGAAAAAAAUCUCUCCAGAUACAGAGAGCAUUCCAUGACUAAUGAUUUUAAGGAGAAUUCAUCUAUUGAGUUGCAAAGCAUGCUUCAGCAAAGACAAAAUUCAGAAAGAGUGCCCAUUGAGCUGGAGCUCUCUAUGGACGUACCAUUGACUGAAAUUGGAAUUGUAAAGGAGAAAUUAAAUACACAUGGCAAUAACUGUGGUCCAGAUGAACAUGUGAUGGUGGUUAACUUUAAUUUAAUGGAGGCUUUUGAUUUCAGUGAUACAGACAACGAAGACUUGUGUGAAAGAGAUGGGAAUAAGCUCUCUGAAGGGGACAUGCUUUCACAAAGUCCAGAUUGCUCAAAGGGAGAAGAUGUAGCACAAAAUACUGUGUUGAGACUUCAUUCUUGCUGUGAAGUAAUGACACAGAGUGAAAAUGAAGAAGUCAAAUGUUCAACAAUUGAUGGAGAUAAUGAUAGAAAUCACUGUGCUGUGGCCAAACCAUCUCAGCUUCAUGACAACAAUGUCAGAGAUAUAGGGAGAAUUGCAGAAGACUCUGCAAAUCAGACUAGAAUUGAAAUGAGACUUCUGGAUGGUGGACACAAUGUGAAAGAGAUUAAUGAAAGUCAGUUAAGUAUUGAAGCCACAAACAACAAGAAGGAUCUUGAUGGCUCUGCAGCACACACCAUUAAUGGAAUGUUACGGAUAAAAAGCAAGCACUCUGAUCUUUUGCCUGGUGACACAAAUGUUAAUGAAUGUCACCCUAAAACCACUAUGUUUGAGAAAGCUGAAAGUAAUUCGUGUAUUUCUACCAGCAGAGUAAUUUCUGUAGUGGACAAAAGGACCAAGGAUGAUGUUAUACAGCUUGGAUGCAUGAAAUCUCCAGAGGUGUAUUUAGAACACUUCAGGGGUACUAAGAGUAAUGACAUUAAACCAGGUAGUCCUUUGCUGCUGUUGUCACAAAAAUCUGAUCCUAGCUGUGGCUCAUUCCAAUAUAUUGCAGAAGACCAUCAAAAGGUAUUUGGUAUUUCACAUAAGGAAGAUACUCCAAUUUCUAGAAGUCCUAUCUAUCCUGUAGGAAAAGGCCAGUCACCUCCAGAGGAAAAAGAAAUAGGUGGAACUGAGUUUGAAAAUGUAGAGAGCAUAAAUGCCUUUCAUGAAACCUGCAAAGGUGAAGGAAAGGGAAUGGACUGGCAGAAACACACAGCAAUGGCUGAAAAUUCAUCAGGUCUUCCUGAUUUGGUAAACAAUAUUGCUCUUCUAAGAGCUUUGACUCAACAUAGCACAGCACUAGAAAGCUUAGAAAAGAUGCAGGAAAAUCAUAGCGUAUUACAUGAAGGAGAGACUUCUAAAGAGAUAUUUGAACCCCUUGUGAAGGAUGAAGCUAUAAAACAGUUUACAGAAAUGCCUUACUCAGAAAGUAUACAGGCAUCUUCAUGUUUAUACUUUGAUUCCUCUGGCCUUAUGCCCAACUGUGUUGACAAUUUAUUACAGAACACAGAGGCAUGUAUUGUACCAGUAGCAGAAGCCCAAAGAGACUCUAGGACAUCUGACUGCCAACCAAAGCCUGUUGCAUUUCAAGGGCACCAAGUAAAAGGAUCAGCAGCUAGUGAGAUAAUGUUGAGAGCUCCCUGCUCAGAGCUAGGAUGGCAACGAUACCCAGAUAAUAUGGAGUUUGCAUCUGAGAGACUUUUAUCACCCCUGUUUUUAAGCAAUUAUGUCCUUUCUGAUUUCGGACAGCCUCCAGGUUCAGGAAGUCUUCAUGAGGAUGAUAUCAACUUUACUGGAGAAGAGAAUUUUCAAAAGAAGUCUAACAUUAUUAAAGAGUCAAUAAUAGAUCAGUCCCCACAGGAGAAAUCCGACUAUCCAGAGGAAUAUAACCUCUCAAGAUUGAAACCCACACUUAAAACACGAACUCCACUUGUCACUAUGCCUGCCACUAAGAUUCCUGACACAGUCUGUCCAACUGACAGCAAGGAGGUCCAGCAAUCCUUUGGCUAUUCAGUAGUCAAUUUAUGCAACAAGUCAGUGGUAUUUCCUUUUAGCGCUUUUGGCCCCGAGGACAGAAAUUGUGAAACCUCUGUGUUUGGAGAGGAUACGGAAGACGAACAAAGGGAAUCAGUACAACCAGUGUUCCCUAAUGUGACUCCACAAUAUAGACAAAGCAAGUGGCUAAAAUAUCAAAACACUUCUCAGUGUGACUUGAUAACUCAAAACAGCGAUGAUGGGGAAGUGAUGGAUGACAUCUGUUCUGAGAAUGUCCUUGGAAUGCCACUGGGUGACACAGGAGAGAGCAGUGCUGUGAAUAAAAGUGCUCCCAGCUUUACACCUCUGCUGACAGCAAAGAGCAUGCUUGGUAAAUGCUGUGCAAAUACCAACAAUGAAGAUUUGAUUUCAGAGAGGAAGUUACUUUCUCUGCACUUAAGUCCGACACCUUUGGCUGAAGCAACACAAAAGGUUUUAAGUCAUCUGAGCUGCCACACUGUAACGGGAGAUAUCCAGGCUAUAACAGUUUCUGAGUUAUCUUUUCCUGAUGUGGAUAAAGUAAAAUAUGCUAAUCUUCCUAAAAGAAAGAUUUCCAUACCAACUGUGUUUCAGUCUCAUGUUCACUACAAACAGAUUUUUAAAGCUGCUUUGACAGAGCAUUUAAACAUAGUGCUGUUUGAGUUGUCACAAAGAUUACACAAUGCUCUUUCAAAAGUGGAUAUAUCAUUUUACACUUCAUUGAAAGACGGGCACAGUGAGAGCAAAGAAAGCUGCGUUCCUCUCUGCAAUCACAUGCAUCCUGCUAAGCUUGUUAUGGUUAAAAAAGAAGGUCAGAACAAGGGUCGUUUGUUCUAUACCUGUGAUGCCCCAAAAACUGAGCGGUGUUCAUUUUUCAAAUGGAUAGAAGAUGUGAACCCCGCACAGAAAAAAUCCAGACCUGGCAUAGUGCUUCGUGAUGUAAAAAGUAUCGGGACAUACAUCAGAAGUCAAAAGAUUUCUCUCUACGAGGAAUGCCAGCUUUUCGUAAGGAAAGGCUUUGAAUUUCAAACACAGCCGUGUAGUAAGUUCAAGAAAUUUUUGAAUACACCUGCCAGAUUUGAUGGUGAUUUCAAAAGCAAACUAUACCUCAAACUAAGCAGAAAGGAGCAUUAUUCUCUCUAUAGCAAAGACGAUAUUUGGGUUGUUUCAAAGACUCUGAACUUCGAUCCUCUUGAUACUUUCAUUGCAAGUAGUGCUUUCUUUGGACCAUCCUCCAACAAUGAAGUAGAAUUACUACCACUGAAAGGCUACUGCUCCUCAAACUGGCGUUCAAAUAUGUUUGUUCAUGCCUUGCUAGUUUGUAAUGCUAGUGGUGAACUUACAUCUUUAAGAAAUAUGGAGGAGCACUUCAGUCCAUCUACUUUACCACUAAUACCUUACCUACUAAAAAUGAAUUUUGAUUCUGGAAAUACUACUAACAGAGUCAACAGAAGAAAAUUUAUUCCACCUGCCACCAGCCUGAAGCACACAAUGAUGUAUGGACCUGUCAGCACUGAAGUGGCAAUGGGAGUAGCUGAAAAGAUGAUUGAAACGUUCUCGUUGAAUGCAGAUCAAGCUACAUCACUGAUUCAGAUAGCUCAGAUGAUGACCUCAUGUGGAAGUACCAAAGCAGUGGAAGAACAUCAGAUCUUCCCUAUCACAAUCAUACGUGGUGUUUUUGGAGCUGGAAAGAGCUAUCUGCUGUCUGUUGUGAUCUUGUUCCUAGUACAGCUCUUUGAAAGCAGUGAAGCUACAGAGGAUGCAAGGCCAGCUCCAUGGAAACUUCUGAUUGCUUCUUCCACUAAUGUUGCUGUUGACAGGAUACUGCUGGGUCUACUUGAUCUUGGAUUUGAGGAUUUUAUCAGAGUGGGAAGUAUUAGGAAAAUCACCAAAGCAAUUCUUCCCUAUAGUUUACAUGCUGGCUCAGGAAAUGAAAAUGAGCAGUUGAAAGAACUGCUUGCUCUCAUGAAAGAAGACUUAACUCCAAUUGAAAGAAUAUACGUAAAAAAGAGUAUUGAGCAACAUAAACUGGGGACCAAUAAAACUAUACUGCAAAAGGUAAAAGUGGUUGGAGUGACCUGUGCUGCCUGCCCAUUCCCUUGUCUGAAUACUCUUAAGUUUCCUGUAGUGAUGCUGGAUGAGUGCAGUCAGAUGACUGAACCUGCCUCUCUCCUUCCUAUUGCAAGGUUUCAGUGUGAAAAGCUAGUCCUUGUUGGAGACCCUAAGCAAUUACCACCAACUAUUCAAGGGUCUGAGAGCGUUCAUGAAAAAGGAUUGGAGCAGACUCUCUUUGACCGGCUUUGCAUAAUGGGACACAAACCAAUACUUCUUAGGACACAGUACCGAUGUCACCCUGCUAUUAGUGCCAUAGCCAACGAGCUGUUCUAUGAAGGAAAUCUGAUAGAUGGUGUUUCCGAGAAAGACAGAAGUCCUUUAUUGGAUUGGCUUCCAACACUAUGUUUUUAUAGUGUUAACGGUGUAGAGCAAAUUGAAAGAGACAACAGCUUUUAUAACAUGGCAGAGGUUCAUUUUACAGUCAAGCUCAUCCAGUCUCUGAUUGCAAGUGGAAUAGAAGGAUCUGCAAUUGGUGUGAUUACUCUUUAUAAAUCACAGAUGUGUAAGGUUUGUCUAGUCAUGAGUAGCAUAACUGAUCACCAUCCAUAUUCAUUGGCGUUUGAAAUUAAAGCCAUCCAGGUGUCCACUGUAGACGCGUUCCAAGGAGCUGAGAAGGAGAUCAUUGUUUUGUCAUGUGUAAGAACGAGACAAAUUGGGUUCAUAGACUCAGAAAAGAGAAUGAAUGUUGCACUAACGAGAGCAAAGAGGCAUUUGUUGAUUGUUGGAAAUCUGGCCUGUUUAAGUAAGAACAGGCUGUGGGGAAGAGUAAUUCAUCACUGCAAAGGAUGGGAAAAUGGAUUACAACAUGUAAGCCAGUGUGAGCAGCAGCUAAACGACAUUAUUAAGCACUAUGAGGAGAAAUGGAAGGAAGAGGAACAGAAUAAGAAAAA